AUGGCGCAGAAAGCGAUGUGGUUCGUGUUUUUGACGAAAAACUGCGUCUCACUAUAUAAAGAGAUGCAAGAUUAUCUCGAGCAAGCUGACCUGGAAAAGUAUGGAUUCACGAAAACUGUCGAAGUCUCCACUGAAACCGAUGAAAACGGCAAGACAACCACGAAGAAAACCAUUUACUACAAGGUCACUGGUGAUUGCUCUAGAGUUAUGUUUUGGGAAGGAGUUUUGGAAAAACGCAUGCCAGAGGAGUUGCAAGCUUCGAAGCUCUCUUCAACUUCUGUCAAAGAAGUGAAAAGUCGUAUCGCUGGCCGCAAGACGAAAAGCUGCAUGAUUAUAUUAGAAAUCCAUCCAAAUCGAUGUUUGAAGAAAAUGUCCGGUAAUGGG